AUGGCCGCCAAAGCGAUGGCCGCCAAAGCGAUGGCCGCCACCGCCUCCUCGACGAGCUUCCACCUAAGCGCACGAGCGAACAUGGGCUUUCGUCGACUGAAGACGUCGACGAGCGCAGCGGAGGCGAGCCCCUCGUCGUCCGCUUCGAAACUCACGCACGUCUUGGCGACCGCCUCGCGUGCCGGAUACGGGCGACGUCGACCGAGCACCGUGCCGGACUGCCAGCCCGCCACGGCGGAGGAGAUCGCAUCGCUCGCGUCGUUCAUAGGCAGCAAAGAGAGGCUGCUCGUCAUCACGGGCGCGGGAUGCUCGACGGAGUCCAACAUCCCGGACUAUCGAAGUCCCACGGGAGCUUACUCGAGUGGCUUCAAGCCGAUGACGCACCAGGACUUCCUCAAGACCGAGGCGAACCAGCGACGAUACUGGGCCAGGUCUUUCGUCGGCUGGCGCAGGUUCGCCGAGCAGACCGCCCCGAACGACGCGCACCGCGCCAUAGCCGAGCUUCAGCGCGAGAGCAACGUGUGGAGACUCAUCACGCAAAACGUGGACCGGCUGCAUCAGGUCGCGGGCGCCGAGGACGUCCUCGAGCUGCACGGAUCGACGCACGACGUCCAGUGCCUCGCGUGCGGCGCCGUGUCGUGCAGGAGGCGCCUGCAGCGACGCCUCGCGGACCUCAACCCGAGGCUCGCUGCCGCGGCGGACGCCGCGAUCGACCCGCGCUCGGGCGAGGCGCCUUACGACGACGGCGCGACUCCUCCAUCCGGGGGUUUGGCAUCCGAAACUCCAAACCUCCGGACCCGACCCGACGGGGACGUCGAGCUCGACGGCGAGUUAGUCGUGGACUUUGUCGUUCCCCCGUGCGAGAAGUGUAAGCACGGGCCGCUCAAGCCCGCGGUCGUCUUCUUCGGCGACGGCGUCCCUUUGGCGACGGCGGAGGAGGCGAGGCGAGCGAGCGACGGGUGCGACGGCGUGUUGAUUGUCGGUUCGAGCGUGAGCACGUUCAGCGCGUUCAGGCUGGUGAGGGACGCGCACGUGAGAGGGGUGCCGGUGGCGGUGCUGACCUGCGGUUGGACGAGGGUGGACGAGAUGGCGUCCGUCAAGGUGGAGAAGCUGGCGGGGGAGGUGCUGCCGCGGGUGGUUGAGCGACUCAGGCGGGAGGAGCUGUGGGGGUUCUGA